CCCUGUGCGUGGGGACGCUCGGGCGCCGGGUCUCGCGAGAGUGGUGGUCAUGGCGCUGCUGCGGGCGCUGUUGCUGCUGCUGUCCAGCCCGCGGCUCGUGGAGCGGCUCUCGGAGUCGCGGCCCAUCCGCGCCGCCGCCCGGGUCACCGCCGCCGCCCUCACCCGCGGCCAGCGCGACCUGGCCCCACGCUUGCUUCGCCUGCGCGACGCCUUUCUCGCCGAGCUCAAGGACGGCGCCCGUGCGCGGGGGUGGCCGUGGCCGCGCGGGCCGGGCCGCGGUGGCCGCCCCGGCUCAGCGCCGUGAUCGCCGCUUCGAGCGGGAGGCAGCUGCGGACAGCGCUGGGGAGGAGACGGGAACCGCCGCCGCUCUCGGGCGCCGAGCGCUCGAGCACACGGAGUGUGUUGGAGCCGGCGGGUAAAGGGCCCCGGGCGCUGGUGACAGCGGGGCCCCGGCAGCCGCUCCGGACCCCGGCGGUGCCCGGGCUGUGGAUGGCGAGCUGCGGACUGGACGGUGCGUUCCACAUCGCAUGGCCUGAAACGACUCCUCCGGAAAGCAUGAACACGGGAAGCUGCUCCUCCAUCGGUGUGAUGGAUUUCCAUUUCAAAGACAGUAUACACGUUCCACGGUUCUCAGGAACAAGCAGACUCACGUAAUAAUCAUCCACAAUGCUGUGAAGAUUGUCACUUUUAGGUGCUUGAUAAGAAACUUGAAAUAAAACCACAAUUCUCACGGGA